AUGGAUUCCUCAGGCUCGAAACCAUUCUCUGCGGAGCGUUAUUUCGCCACUCAGCCAAAACCGGCGUAUCUUGAUGAGAUCUUGAACGGCGUUCGCGAGUUUGUCGCCGCGAAUCGACAAGCAGGACGCCGAAUUGUGCUCGUAACGUCAGGAGGGACGACAGUCCCACUCGAACUAAACGUUGUUCGCUUUCUCGACAACUUUUCUGCGGGCACACGAGGAGCGACGUCUGCCGAAUACUUUCUCUCGCAUGACUAUGCUGUCAUCUUUAUGCAUCGACAAUUCAGUCAACAGCCGUUUCUGCGACACUACUCGCAUUCGACGAAUCCGUUUCUUGACCUCUUAGAAGUCGAGGAAGACGAACCUCCGUCGAACCAAAACCCUGGAACCCCAUCAGACGGGAAGCCGCGACUCCCACGGAUUACAGUCAAUCCAUCACCAGAGGCACGACCACUGCUCUUACAUGUCCUUCGAGAGAACAUGCGCGUAAAGCGACAGGGCACUCUGCAUACAGUCACAUUCGUGACGAUUGAUGACUAUCUGUUCCUCUUGAGGGAUAUUGCAGGGAUUCUGGGGAGCGAUGCUACACACGGGCGCGAUACCCUGUAUUAUCUCGCCGCGGCAUCGGAGCACAAGAUUCAGUCGGGAAAAGGGACGCUUCAUAUUGAGAUGGAUCAAGUACCGAAAAUCCUGAAGCCACUGGUCAGCGAAUGGACUCCAGGUGGAUAUAUUGUCAGCUUCAAGCUUGAAACGGACCCAGCGCUCUUGAUUCCCAAAUCUCGUAUCGCACUGGAGCGAUACGGCCACCAAGUCGUCAUCGGCAACGAAUUACAUACACGAAAGUAUCAAGUCGUCUUUGUCGAACCAAUAGACCCAGCCUCGCAAUCACAAGCAACGGACGCGGAGCGAUUCACCGAAGAGUGGAUCAAGAUUCGCGAGGAUGACGACGUUGAGAUUGAGAAGCUAAUCGUCGAGAAGCUGAUAGCCAGACAUACCGCGUGGAUAAACAGGCUAACCGUGAAUAAAGUCUGA